GCCUCUGUAGCUGUCAAACUAUCCCGCCUUUUCGCACAUUCGAAUGUUUAUGCCGCGCGCCAUCGGGCAACACCAUUUCGAAUUCUUCAAGUUUGAUAUUUUGCUAACAUGUCGGCAAACGCCGAUAAAGAGAAAAAUUCUACCAAAAUGGCCGAAGAUCGCGAAGAAGAGAAAGCUACUAGCCCCACCGCCGAAGCCGAGGAAGAAGAUUCCUCCAAGGUAGAGGCAACCGCCGAUAGCAAGAAGAAGGCCGCCGAGGUAUCGAAAGAAGAGGAUAACGGUGAAGCCAGUGACGAUAAGGAGGAUGCCGCUUCUGGUGAAGAUGAGAAAGAUGAAGAAAAAGAAGAAAAGCCCAAGUCGAAAAAGUCCUCCGACGACGUGAAAUCCAAGAAGUCUACCGAUAAGGCAAAGAAAGCCAAGGAUGAAGCCGACGGUGAAGAUAAUGGGGAAGAAGAGGAAGAAGAUGUAGAAGAAGAAGGGGAAGAAGAGGAGGAAGAUGAGGAAGAAGCCGAGGAGGAAGAAGAGGCAGAAGAGAAACCGAAGGCCAAAAAGGCCGCCAAGGAGAAGCCGAAAGCGGAACCCAAAGCUCCGGCUAAAAAUGGCGAGAAGAAGCCAGCUUCAACCACUGGAAAACCUCUGGGUGCGAUCGCUCUGAUCGACGCCAACAUUGUGAAGACGAAAAUGGAUGUUCUGCAACCGUUGCACAUGAUCGUCUACGAGAAGGAAGGCAAGGCUCCUCACAUGAAGAGAAACUUGAAAAAGUUCGAUGGCUUCAACUUCGAAGUUGAUUCCGAGGAUUACAAGAAACGAUUAGAAGCGGUGGAGAAGUACGACGAGAAGAAGCUUGCUCAAACAGCGGAAGUUCUCACACUGGAAACCAACGGAUCAAAGGAGGAGCUUGCCGAAAGGAUUCUCAUGUUUUUGAUGAAGCCCGAUGGCGAUGAAGAGCUGCCUCAGGAGGAAGCCGAAGAUGAAGAGAUGGCCGAGGAGGAAGAGGACGACGCGAGUGAAGAGGAAACAAAGAAACCUUCCAAGCGAGCAGCUCCCGCAUCUGGAAGGGGUCGCGAGACGUCCAAAUCGUCAGGCGGUAGACCUAAGCGAUCUACGGCCGGUCGGGGCUAUCAAGACAAUUCCUUAUAUGUAGAUUACUCCAGUUCCGAGGAGGAAGCCAAGGCUGUCAAGGCACGUCGCCGUCGCAACGAUUCCGACAGCGGAUCUGACUACAACCCAUCGGCGGGUUCUGAUUCCGAUGCCGGCAAGCGGCGGUCUGGUCGCGCCCCCGCACGUGGAAGCCGAGUCUCAGCGCGGAGCCGACGUCGUCAAUCCAGCGAGGAGGAGGAAUCCGAGAGUGCCAGCGAGGAUGACUUCAGCGAUGACGAGCCCAAGAAAAAGAAGGCUAAACCAACGGGUCGGGGCCGGGGUCGUCCAGCGGCCGCCAAGCCUGCUGGCAGAGGUCGAGGCCGCAAGCGGAAGGCAGAAACCGAAAGCGAAGAAGAGGAAGACGAGGAGGAAUCCGAAGUAGAGAGCGAGGAUAGCGAGAAGCCGCAGAAGAAAACGCCAGCCAAGGGCGGCAAAGUGGUAGAGAAGAGUAAAGCAAAGAAUGCCACCCCUACUAAAGGACGAGGUCGACCGAAGCGAGAUGCCCCAGCGAAAAAAUCGAAACGUGAUGAAAGCUCCGAGGAGGAGGAGGAAGAAGAAGAACCUGAGCUGGAGGAGUCCGAGGACGAGAAACCUCUAAAGAAGGGCAAGGAAGAAAAGGAGAGUAAGAAAGAAAAAGAGAAGGAGAAGGAGGGAGGACCCCCGAGCGAGGACGAUAUUAAGGAAUUCCUAAAGGAAAUCCUCGAGGAAGCCAACCUGGAGGAAAUCACCAUGAAAACGGUCUGCAAGAAGGUGUACGCCAAGUAUCCCGAGCACGAUCUGUCCCAUAAGAAAGAUUUCAUUAAGGCUACCGUCAAAUCUCUUAUAUCAACGUAAGGACUCCGUCAAAAGUAAAAUUUGUGUUUUCGAGUUUAUGCACGUUUUAAAUCAACAACAACAACAACUGCAACUAUAUAACAAGAAUUUAAGCGAUAAAGUCCUACAUCACGUGAUUCUUGCACGUGUGGGACGUUCAACGGGAUGAUCUAUAAAUGGAAGCAAGCACACAAACAGAGAGAGCGAGGUUUGUAGGGAAGCAUGUAACGAAGGAAUGAAAGCCAAUCACAGAAUGUCCGUUUCUGCCGCAAGAAGGAAUUAUUUUGUCAAGUGUAGUCAAAUCACAACCGUGUAAGGGUGGUCCCAUAUGUCGGCAAUCCAGUAAGAGUAAGCAUCCCCUCACUUCAGUGCAGAAGGCUAGUAUUUAAGAGUCAGAGAUCGAUUUAUUGCACACAGACACAUUCAUCCACAGACCGGAAAUCGAAACCGUUAGCAUUCACAAAAUCAGCUUGAUGUCACUUACAACAACAACAACAAACUGUCAUUUGAUGAUGCGCACGACGACAGCUCGUCUCUGUCCCCAGGAGUACAAAAACUAUUUUUUGGUUUCUUGAUAUUUGGCAUCAGGGAUGGCAUUCCGCACUUAAAAUGUGCACAGUGCAGCUCAUUUUCAUAUUAAAACCGUGCACACUUGCACUCACACUGAGGAGCAUGCCAUCUCUGUUUGGCAUGAUCACUUCUAUUAUUUUUUAAUAACAGUUUAUUGACUUUAUUUUGAAAAUUAAAACUCUUGUUUCUCGCCACUAGACGAUUGAAUUGAAUGAAGUUUUAUUUCUUCAAGUUUAAAGUUUUUUUUCCUCUCGUAUUACAUGUAGAAUGUUCGGUGUACUCGAAAAAAUCAUAUAUUUUUUGGCAUUAAAGUUCGACACACUACCUUAUAUUAUUUAAUAGGACAGGAAUCUAUCUUUAACCUAUUAAAAUCCACAAGAGGAGAUCAUUUCGAUAAAAUAGAACUCAAAAUAAUUAUUAGCGAUAGGAGCGCAAUAAUGAAAACAAAAUUUUAUUGCAAAAAUUCUAGAAACGACACGUAGAAAAAAAAAACAAAAAACAGAUGAGACACAAGCUAAGUCGUGUUAAUGCUACUUGACAGAGAGUUUAGUUCAUUUUUUUAUAUUCGAGAGUAAUGUAAUGAUGAAAAAGCGCGCUAUAUAAAUUGCAGUGUUUAAAAUAAUUAUUAUAAAUACAGACGAUGAUGGUAUGAAAACAAAACAAUAUUCAGAUACAAAUAAACAAUAACUAGGUGGACCCUUACUCUAUAGAA